AUGUUAAGAUUAUGUUGUAAAGAAAUUGACAGGGAUAUCGUUAAUGAUGAACUCUUACAAGCCCAACAGAAAUCUUUCCACGAUGUCACAUUUGAGUUGGUAUACCAGGUUUCUUCACCUAAUAAUCUAGUUCGAGAACAGGCCAUGUCCUCAUUAAAACUGCUGGCAGAAACUACAGGGAAAUCAGUCACAGAAAUAAUGGAACCACAUAAAGAAGUAUUGCAAGACAUGAUUCCACCUAGAAAACAUUUAUUACGUCAUCAGCCAUUUAAUGCUCAGAUUGGUCUCAUGGAAGGGAAUACAUUCUGUACCACAUUAGAACCAAGAUUAUUUACCAUAGAUGUCUCUAUAGCUGAACAUAAUGUAUUUUUAACAGAGUUACAAAAUCUGUGUGAAGCAGAAGAUGCCAGUUUAUUAAAGUUACCUUGUUAUAAAAACGUAACAAAUCUAGUUACCUUAAGAAAAAGUGCGAUAAGAGCAUUGGCUGCCUGUCAUUAUAUACCUAAUACCAGUCGUAGAGAGAAAAUCUUCAAUAUUUUAUAUAAAGCAUUGAAUAGUACUAACAGUGACCUACAAAGUGCUGCUCAUGACUGUAUGAAAAAGGUAGGUACUUCAUUCAAUUUAUACUGA